AAGGUUCUAGAAGGCUGAAUGGGGUAGAAGACCUGUUGUGGAGGGAAACCACCCAUCCUCCUGCCUCCCACCACUACCAUCACCCUAGCUGGACCAAAAGGGUGACGGGGCUGGGAAGAAGCAGCUCCUGUUCGGGUUUCCAGAAGGGGCUAGCUGUUUAUUGUCUCUGCAGGAAGAAGAAAACAUCUGAGUGACCGGAUGUCUCAGCUCCCGGUGCCUUGCCAGAUGGCCAGAGCCACACCUCUCGAAGAGUGACAGUCCUGUGAAGCAUGGUUUCUGCAGACCUGAAAUGACUGGAACCCCAAAGACUCAAGAAGAACCUAACAAUCUUGAAGUAGACAUGAGCGAAACACAAGUAACUCCUAGGCUGUGGACUACCUGCCAGGAUGGAGAAGUCCUUCUGAGGCUGUCCAAACACGGACCAGGCCAUGAGACCCCGAUGACCAUCCCUGAAUUUUUUCGAGAGUCAGUCAACCGAUUUGGAACUUAUCCAGCCCUCGCAUUCAAGAACAGUAAAAAAUGGGGAGUUCUGAAUUUCAACCAGUACUACAAGGCUUGUUGGAAGGCUGCGAAAUCUUUCAUCAAACUGGGCUUGGAGCGUUUCCAUGGAGUUGGCAUCCUGGGGUUUAACUCUGCGGAGUGGUUUAUCACUGCUCUCGGCGCCAUCCUAGCCGGGGGCCUUUGUGUGGGUAUUUAUGCCACCAACUCUGCCGAGGCUUGUCAAUAUGUCAUCACUAAUGCCAAAGUGAACAUCUUGCUGGUUGAGAACGAUCAACAGUUGGAGAAAAUCCUUUCGAUUCCACAGAGCAGGCUGGAGCCCCUAAAAGCGAUCAUCCAGUACAGACUGCCAGUGAAGAACAGCAACAAUUUGUACUCUUGGGAUGAUUUCAUGGAACUUGGCAGAAGCAUCCCUGACACCCAACUGGAGAAAGUCAUCCAGAGCCAGAAGGCAAAUCAGUGCGCCGUGAUCAUCUACACUUCGGGGACCACAGGCAUACCCAAGGGAGUGAUGCUCAGUCAUGACAACAUCACGUGGACAGCAGGAGCAGUGGCAAAGGACUUGAAACUGACAGAAAAGCAUGAGAUGGUGGUCAGUUACCUCCCACUCAGCCACAUUGCAGCACAGAUGAUGGACAUCUGGAUACCCAUAAAGAUCGGAGCACUCACAUACUUUGCUCAACCAGAUGCUCUCAGGGGCACCUUGAUAAAUACUCUAAAGGAGGUAAAGCCUACUGUCUUCUUGGGAGUGCCCCGAAUUUGGGAGAAGAUGCACGUGGAAGUGAAGGAAAAUAGUGCCAAGUUCACAGGCUUGAGGAAGAAGGUAUUUGUGUGGGCAAGAAACAUUGGCUUCAAGAUCAACUCAAAAAAGAUGUUGGGGAAAUAUAAUACUCACAUGAGCUACCGCAUGGCUAAGACUCUCGUGUUCAGCAAAGUCAAGAUGUCCCUUGGCUUGGAUCACUGUCACUCUUUUAUCAGCGGGGCUGCACCCCUCAACCAAGAGACUGCCGAGUUCUUUCUGAGCUUGGACCUACCUAUAGGCGAGUUGUAUGGGUUGACUGAGAGCUCAGGACCCCACACAAUAUCCAACCAGAAUAACUACAGGCUUCUAAGCUGUGGCAAGAUCUUGACUGGGUGUAAGAACAUGCUGGUCCAGCAGAGCAAGCAUGGCACUGGGGAGAUCUGCCUCUGGGGCAGGCACAUCUUCAUGGGCUACCUGGAAAGUGAGGCUGAAACUACAAAGGCCAUUGAUGAGGAAGGCUGGCUACACUCUGGGGAUCUGGGCCAGCUGGACAGUCUGGGUUUCCUCUAUGUCACUGGCCGCAUCAAAGAAAUCCUUAUCACUGCCGGUGGUGAAAAUGUGCCCCCCAUUCCCAUUGAGACCUUGGUUAAGAAGAAGAUCCCCAUCGUCAGUAACGCCAUGUUAGUAGGAGAUAAAAUGAAGUUUCUGAGCAUUUUGCUGACGCUGAAGUGUGAGAUCAAUCAGAUGAGCGGAGAACCUCUGGACAAGCUGACCUCGGAGGCCAUCAACUUCUGUCGGGGUCUGGGUAGCUGGGCAUCUACCGUGACUGAGAUUGUGAAGCAGAAAGACGUCCUGGUCUACAAGGCCAUUCAGGAAGGCAUCAAUGAUGUGAACCAGGAAGCCACGAGCAACGCACAGAAGAUUCAAAAGUGGGUCAUCUUGGAGAAGGACUUUUCCAUCUAUGGUGGAGAGCUAGUCCUCAUCAGGCACAGAGUGCAGCGUGUGCUCCACCUUCCAGCUCACAGAAUCCUCGCUACAGCUGAAGGACGACAUGAAAGUUUUAUUAUCCCCAUACAGACAGCAAAAGUGACACACCCUGAAAGUCAAUGGCACAGCCAGCCACCCAGCCUAGCCCCAAGCAUGGGACUCUGUUGCCUGGUCAUGCAUGGCCUUCGGCAGGAAGACCUCAUUGCAAUAAGUGAAGUGCUGCUCUGGAUAGAAGCUCUCCCUCCUGUAUUUAAGAAGCCACAUUCCUUAUUGGUCAGUUUCUUGAUUGUUCAUCUGUUGAAGAGGUGCUCCCUAGAAUAAACUAUCAUACCUUUCAAAGCAAUAACAUCAUUGUUGAUCUUUCUAUGAACUUUCAAGUCAUGAUCCCAGGGAAGCCUAUUGGGAAGUCUACAAAGAACUGCCAGUUUUAGAAGAAAAAUCUGAACUGCGGGCUCCCAUUUGAUUUUUUUCUCCUUGGGGGACUUGAUGAGACAUUAGAAAAAAAAAAGCCUUCACAAAUUUUAAGAACUGGGCCCCAAAAUCAACUCACCUGCCUGGAAGCAACUGGGAAACUUGUCCAGUAAGUUCUGAUUUAAAAAAAGUACUUCAGGGUCC